AUGACACUUGUUCCUCUCACACCUCAGCAGGUGCAUGAAAACCAAUUGCGUUUGCAACAGGAGCAUGAACGAGAGGUGGCUAAAAGGUCACCCAAUUCUCAGGCAAUCAUUAGAGCACCGACCGAGAGGACAUCCAACCCUGGUACAUCUGGUCGAUUGGACAAACGCCCUAACUUGCUUGCAAAGAACAGGGAAAUUUGCAAAUUACUUUUGUCCAAACAAGUUGUUUAUAUCUUAUAUUGCAAAGAAGUGAUUUUACUUUCCCAUGAAGCACUCAAUGACUUACCUCCUGAAAUCUCCUCUUUAUUACAAGAAUUUGAGGACGUUUUACCAGAUGAGAUCCCCAGUAGUCUGCCACCACUUAGAGGGAUCGAGCACCAGAUCGACUUCAUUCCUGGAACAUCCUUACCUAACAGACCGGCCUACAAGAUGGGCCCUGAGGAGACUAAGGAGAUCCAACGGCAAGUAGAUGAGCUCUUAGAGAGAGGUUAG